GCUCUCACAGGGUCCUUUCUCACCUCUCUAAACCAGUCUGUCAAAUCACGGCAGCAUGUGAAACCCCCUGCAAAACUUUUUUUCAGGAUACUUCAAUAACCGGCUUUUAAAUGUGCAUCUCUUCUGGAUGAUAUUUUGUACUCUUUCCAAUACUUUGGCUGACAGGGCUUUAUAUGGACUGAAAUGGUGCAAUGCUCCAUAGGACAGUGCCGCGUAUAUUUUGGAUGUGUUGGAUACUGCUUUUCUGUCUGUUAAUAUGCGGUGUUGAGUGUGCCCGUGCACAGAGCUGUCAUGAAGUUAAAACUGCUUUCCAGCUGCGCCAAGUUGGUCCAUUGAAAUGGGUUCCAGAGACAGCAGAAACAGAUGCAGAUCUACUCAUCUGCAAGCACCAGGGUCCCACCUGCUGCACUCGCAAGAUGGAAGAGAGCUACUAUGCAGCCGCCAAGAGAGACACACUCCAAGACAUUUUCUCCUAUAGCUUAGAACUCAAAUUUCUCAUCCUGGGCCAUGCCUCUUCCCUCCAGGAUACCUUCCAGUCCCUACUCUCCUUUACUUUAAAUCAGACAUAUUCCCUCUUCGACAGCACCUACCAGCCAAUCUCCCAGGAUGCGAGACCUAUAGUGUCUACCCUAUUCUCUGAGCUUGGCUUCUACCUCCGUGGCGACGCCAACAUCUCUGUGGAACGCUCUGUCGAUAUUUUCUUUGACAAACUCUUCCCGUUGGUCUAUCAAAACCUGGUCAAUCCUGGCUUGGGUUCCCCUGUAUCUAUCUGGUCUGCCGAAGGAAGCGAGUGCUUGCGUGCUACUCGGCACGACAUCAACCCCUUCGGCUCUCAUCCACAAGCCCUUUUCCAGGAGCUGUCUAGGGCACUAUCUACAGGCCGUGCCCUCAGUUGGGCACUGGUGGUGGGCGGGGAGGUGCUCAACACCACCGAGAUGAUGGUGUUGGCGCACCAAUGUGGACGUGCACUGGUGCGGAUGCAUUUUUGCCCACAUUGCCGUGGGUUGACGCUGAUCCGACCAUGUAGAGGACUGUGUCUCAACGUAAUGCGGGGUUGCCUAGCAGGUCUUGCUGAGUUAGAUGGACCUUGGCAACGCUAUGUAGCAUUUCUGGAGGGGCUUAGCAGGACGCAAGCAGGAGGUUACGAGCUAGAGCUGGCGCUUCUACACAUCCGGGAGAGGAUAAAUGAUGCCAUCAUUACAGCACAACUACAGGGGCCACAUCUCAGUGCUGUGGUGGGUAAAGUUUGUGGUUCUUUGACUGAGUCGGUUUCCUCCACUCCAAUCAUUUCCACCUUAAGGAGUCCGGGUCAUUUAGUGAACCAAACUGUAGAACUCCAAACCUCAGUCACGUCAUCCAGUCCUACAACACUUGAUACAGGCAACCUACGUGAGCACAUUACACUCAAAAGAAGGUCUUUGCCUCUGAAGCCAUCCAAAAAUGGCAAACAUAGAAGCCUGAAAAAUAUUUCAAAGGAGUUUAUGGGCUACAUCCAGCGGUACAAAACAUUCUUCUCCAACCUGCCAGAGAUGCUGUGCGAUGGAGAAGUGGUGAUGGAUGAAAACACCUGCUGGAGCGGAGAAGACGUGGUUGAGAGCUAUACAGGCCACGUGGUGGGGAAUGGACUGCAAGCCCAGAGACAUAAUCCAGAGAUAAAAGUCAAAAUUGCUGAUCCAGUUCUGGUAGUAGUGAAGAAAAGGCUAGAGCACUUUAACCAGGAGCUGUGGGGUGAGACGGGUGUGUCAACAGAUGGCCACGAAGAAGCUGAGAUGGGCAGCGGCAACACAGCAGAAGGCAGUGGCGAGUGCGACGAUGAAGAUGGCUGUCAAGGAUCAGGAUACCGCGAAGGCGAAACAGUGGACGUUCAGAAGAAAAUCCGAAUACCAUGGCGUGCUAUAACCCCAAUCAACCCCAGAGCCAAACUAGGAGUGAAUGUCAAAGGAGCCGCCUGCAACCUGACCAUCUUACCCAUCCUGGUCCUCCCUCUCUUAUCCAUAAUACUCCUUCUCCUGUCACCCGAAGCCAUCUGAUGCUCACAGUCCAGAGCAAAGAACAGGACUAACAUGAGCAGAAAAGACUCAAGUUUCAAGCAUGCAUUUGCACUAGUUCCCUUAGAAGUGUGCACAUUCGUCUCAUGCUGUGCUUCGUCUCAGCUGCUCUCCUCAAAUGCUCAGUAUGUUCUUAAGUCAGCCCCAAAGGAUGUGACCAUUUUUCGUUAUAUUUACACUGGCUUGUUUGCUCUGUCCUGUUGUAAAGGGUUUUACAGUAUAUAGCUACUAAGUAGUGUACUCGAAAGAAGACACAAGUUUGUCUGAGAAUACUUAGAAUACUCGACAUCCACUGUCACUUGUUGAUGGUUUACUGUAAUAUUAUAUUGUCCCUCUAUUUCAAAUAUUCUCAUUUUCAACUCUUUUUUUCAGCAGUCUUGGUUCUGCAAUUAUUUUCCCUAUUCAUUAUUUCCAUAGGAAUUUCAGAAAAUCUUCAAAUAAAGAGUUCUUUAACCAACCAGCUCUGUGAACGCGGCCAAUCUGUAAACGAUAAAAUAUUCACUAUUUCAAAAGUAUAGCCACAAGUUGUAAACAGUAUACGUGUUAACAUGAUUUUAGUGUAAUAAGUUAACUUAGUUGCCUACUAUGUAGUCAACAAACCCUAAAACCCAAAACAACUUUUAACAACUUUACAGCUCAAAUAAUACACGAGUUUUAACAGAAGAAUUAAUGUAAGUGCUUUUAUAAAAUUAUAAGCUUCACAUUUCUGUCUUUAACUCUCCAAAAUAUGGCCCCAUUCACUUCCAUUGUAAGUGUCUCACUGUAACCUCGAUUUUUGCUUUUUAUAAAGAAAAGGAGGGACGAGUCAAAAUAAUUUUUUUGUGAUAAUCAACAUUAUGCCACAAAUGCUGUUGACUGAGCUCAACUUGUAUUGAACCCAGAAUAUUCCUUUAAAGUAUUAAUUUUACAUUAAUCACUUUAAAACAUACAAUACCAUAUAUUUUAUUGCAGUUAUUACGAAAUUAUCUAUAAACAAAUAUAUAUAUGUAAGUUGUUUAAGAGUGUAAGGAGACUGAAUCAAUUAAUUUUGUUAUUUUAAUUUAAUUUUUUUGCUGCCGCUGCUUUCCGUUUCCAUGGAGAUUCCUCUGAUUGGUUAAUCUCACUUCAGGAUUAUGGGUAGUGUAGUACUUCAAAGAAUUCAUUAAAAUGAUGUUGAAAUCACACGGAUUUGUGGUUAUCAAAGAGACUCAGUGCUCAUGGUAAGUCUGUCUUGAAAGUUGUAUACAUUAUUGCUAAAAAAAAAUAUUUGUGAAGAAAAUUAAUCAGAUUUUUACUUCUGAAACCCUACUUUUGUGUUCUAUUAUGCUCGUCUGGUUCAGGACAUUUUGAAAUUACACAUAUUCCAUCCUGAAAUCAUUGUCACCCUCCAAGAGAAGGUAUUGGGAAGGCCACCCAUGUUUUUUGAUGUGUGUACUAUUGUAUGAGUGAAUUAUAUUCAAGAAAGAAAAUGUAGUCUUCCUUUUAUCGAUCUACCUGUUUGUGCAAUGCAAGGACUUUUAAAAAGUCAAAAUCUACAUUAACAUAUUUAUACUGAAAUUUAUGUAUACAAAGUGUGUACAAUAUAUGGUAUUGUUGGGUUGUGCAUGUAACCAUUUUAAAGAAUGCAAAUAGCUUUUGAUUAACUCAUAGUAUAUUAAAACUUUAUUUUUAGCUAUAUGUACAAAGUUUCAUACUGUUGACUUUUAACGCUUCUCCAAGAUUGCAACAUUUUUCAUGUUUCGACCGUUCGCCAUGACAUCACAACACAAUGACACUUUUCCAUGUAACUCUGACAGCACCAUGAAUCAUUUAUUAAUUUAAAUGC